AUGGAUGAUAAGCACCUCGGAAACAAUUUUACAACUACAAUCCAUCAGGAUACCUAUCCCUUAAUUCAGUCGACAAAAUGCGAUCACAGAGGCCGGAAUGUGUUUAUCACAGGCGCUUCAAAGGGAAUUGGGCGUGAGAUGGCACUCUCCUUCGCCAAAGCGGGGGCGGCCAACGUUGCUGUCGCGGCGCGUUCAGAGUUCGGCAAUAUUCGAGAUGAAAUAGAGCAGGCAGCGAAGUCAGCGUCACGGCCUGUACCGAAUGUACUAGUUCUCAAACUGGAUGUGACAGACGGCCGUAGCGUACAGCAUGCCGCGUCAGAAUUCGAAAAGCACUGCGGACAUCUGGACAUCUUAGUCAACAACGCUGGCAUUGUCGAAUCGCCGUUCCAGCUGAUUGGUGACAUUGACCCGGCAGUGUGGUGGACAACGAUGGAUGUCAAUCUUCGUGGGGUCUAUCUCAUGACGAGAGCAUUCCUGCCGCUCCUGCUCCGUGGAGACACCAAAAUCAUUGUCAAUGUUGGAAGCGUGGCACAGAACUACAUAACACCGGGCGCCUCGGCCUACGGAGUCUCCAAACUCGCUUUGGCUCGUUUCACCGAGUUCAUAGACGCCGAAUACGGCAAACAGGGCAUCACAGCAAUCACAAUACACCCGGGUGCUAUCCUGACCAACCUUGGUCGACGGUUACCAGACUACAUGGCCGAGAAUGGUUGGAUGACCGAAACAGAGUACCUUCCUGCUGACACGGUAGUGUUUCUGACUCAACAGAAACGGCCGUGGCUGUCUGGAAGAUACAUUAGUGCCACAUGGGACAUGGAGGAGCUGAUGCAGAAAGAAGAUGAGAUUGUGCAGGGAAACCUGCUCAAGUUGAGAAUGCUGGUAUAG